AUGUAUUCUGUAGUGCCCUCAAAACGCCAGCGUGUAUCAGGAAACACCUCACGAAGGGGCAAAAGUGGCUUCAAUUCUAAGAGUGGACAGAGAGGAUCUUCCAAGUCUGGAAAGUUGAAAGGAGAUGAUAUUCAGGCUAUUAAGAAGGAGUUGACCCAGAUAAAACAAAAAGUGGAUUCUCUACUGGAAAACCUGGAAAAAAUUGAAAAGGAACAAAGCAAACAAGCAGUAGAGAUGAAGAAUGAUAAAUCAGAAGAGGAGCAGAGCAGCAGCUCCCUGAAGAAAGAUGAGACUAACGUGAAGAUGGAGUCUGAGGGGGGUGCAGAUGACUCUGCCGAGGAGGGGGACCUGCUCGAUGAUGAUGAUAAUGAAGAUCGGGGGGAAGAUCAGCUGGAGUUGAUCAAGGAUGAUGAAAAAGAGGCUGAGGAAGGAGAGGAUGACAGAGACAGCGCCAAUGGCGAGGAUGACUCUUAAGCACAUAGUGGGGUUUAGAAAUCUUGUCCCAUUAUUUCUUUAUCUAGGCGCUUGUCUAAGAUCAACACCAGAUCCUCUCCCCUAGUAUCUUCAGCACAUGCUCACUGUUCUUCCCAUCCUUGUCCUUCCCAUGUUCAUUAAUUCAUAUUGCCCUGCGCCUAGUCCCAUUUUCACUUCCUUUGACGCUCCUAGUAGUUAUGUUAAGUCUUGCCCUGUAAUUUUUGCUUUUAAUUUUGAUACCUCUUUAUGACUUAACAAUAAAAAGGAUGUAUGGUUUUUAAAAA